AUGAUUCUCCCCACAACACUCUGCCUCCCCCCAAGCAUCACCUCCCUGCAAGACCACCGGCUGAAGUUUGUGUGCCAUUCAGCACCAACACUGAGCGAUGUAAGCCAUCAGCAUCCCGAACUCGAGCACAAGAGAUAUCAAUACCACCACCCAGCAUGCGAUCUUCAAAAAGCCCUGAGCAUGGACCCUCAUAUCCGCAUGACCCGGCGUUUACCCCAAGUUCACCUCGAAUUGCUGCCUGCAACACUCAAGAUCCUACCACUCCUCCAGAUGAGCCGCCUCUGCUUGAGAGAGACGCCACAGGGCCUGCUCCGACGGCGGCCUAGCGAGAAUUCCUCACGCUCCCGGUUCUUCGAAACGACGACAACAUUCUCCAUUGACACGGCCAUCCAUGCUGAUGACAGGCCCUGGGAGGCCAGUGAGCUUCUCCCAUCUUUCUGGCAAGGCAACGGCCGUGCAAUCCAGACCACACACUGUCCAUAUCCCAAGUCCCCUCCGUCUAUGUUCUUCGACCUGCCCAGCUAUCAUCAGGAUUCUCUGGGGGGGUUUGACGGCCGGGACGAUAAUGCCCAAUUGGAUAAAGAUUCCCACUUCCAGGCCCAUUCACAAUUACACCUCAGCGCCAGGACCGAUGCACCUUGUCCUAGCAGUGUGGAUAACGGCUCACCUGGCGAACAAUCAGAGAGUCUCAAGCGAGGAGCGGAGGGAUCAGAAGAACAGAGCACGAAGCGGCCUCGGAUUGCUUCUGUGUUGCCUGUCAGGGAAGAUUCCUUUACCGCCCUUCGUUCCCAUUUCCUAUCUCUACGGCUCAAUGAACGCCUGCAGUUCCUUUCUUGGCUGUUUGAAAGUGCUUUAGCCAGCUGCACACACGAGUUCAAUGAGAGUGUGCAGUCAGCCGUUCACACGGAUUCCCGUGAGGCACCCGAGCAAAUUCGGCAUGGGCACAGCAAGAGGCAGGGCCAUGGAGCCAAGGCAUUGCGAUGGUCCCCUGAGGACGACGCACGCCUUCUAAGCAUGACAGAGGAGCGCUGCUCGUGGCCGGAGAUAGAGAAGUGUUUUCCGGAGAGGACAUAUUCAGCCCUACGCCAGCGGCAGUCGGCACUUCGAAAGCAGUCGACACUUCGAAAGCAGUCGACACUUCGAAAGCAAAGAAACAAGGUGAAAUUACGUCCGGUUGUUCUGAUAUAA